AUGGAAUUCACUCCAAGACGUAUACUAGACAACGCGCUCGACGCAGUAGGCAACACGCCCCUCAUCCGGCUCGACAAGAUCGCCGCUGAACAAGGCCUCAAGUGUAAUCUCCUGGGUAAACUGGAGUUUGUCUCUGCCGGUGGUUCCAUCAAGGACAGGAUCGCAAAAGCGAUGGUACUAGCCGCCGAAAAAGAGGGUAAACUUAUUCCGGGGAAGAGCGUCGUUAUCGAGCCGACGUCUGGGAAUACCGGAAUUGGACUCGCGAUGGCGUGCGCGAUCAAGGUGCCUGGAUGGUUACUGAAUACUACAGAUAAGGGAUACUCGGUCGUGAUUACUAUGCCUAAGAAAAUGUCGCUUGAGAAAGAGGCGCUCUUGAGGGCGCUUGGCGCACAGGUUGUUCGUACGCCUGAUGAAGAGCCUUGGGAUUCGCCCAGGAGCCAUAUAGGUGUUGCGUGCAGGCUUCAGCGAGAGAUUGAGCAUGGGAUUAUAUUGGAUCAGUAUCGGAAUUAUACUACCGGACCUGAGAUCAUCGCCUCGGUCGUCUCAACCCCAUCCACGCGUACAAGACCCUCCUCGAUGAAAGUUGACGCAUUCGUCGCUGGUGCUGGUACAGGCGGCACCAUCACAGGCGUCUCACGCGCACUCAAGAAGACGCAUAAUGCAGACUGCAUCGUAGUCGGUAUCGACCCAAUCGGUAGCAUCCUUGCGGUGCCGAACAGUCUGAACAUCAGCGGGGUAGGCAGCCCAUACGUCGUGGAGGGUAUAGGGUAUGAUUUCAUUCCUGAUGUUCUUUCUCGGGAUGAGGCGGAUGUGAAUCAUUGGGUGAAGACGUGUGAUGAGGAUGCGUUCAAGGCUGUGCAGGCUCUUAUGAGGAAAGAGGGCUUGCUUGUUGGUGGGAGCAGCGGAAGUGCCCUUUGUGGUGCUUUGGCUUGGCUUCAGACGGAACAGGGGCAAAAGGUUGCUGGGACAGAGGGAUUGAAUGUUGUUGUUCUCCUUCCGGAUGGCAUUCGGAAUUAUAUGAGCAAGGAGUGGUUUUUGAAGAAUGCAUUCCAGACGGAGCAUUCAGACCUCGCAACUCGGAUUUCGGGCAUUUGGCUCAAGAGGAGAUAA